GAUAACUACUUUCCGGAAGUGGCUAAGUUGCUGCUUCCGGUGGGCACGCGAGUGGAAAGCGCUUGAUAUAAACAUAAUGCAGCUACAGAAGAUACCUUUAUCUAAGUCCAGGUGAAGCCUCAGCAACAUGGCGAGCAGAGACAAGAUCCUGCAGUACGAAUCCUUUAUAAGCGAUGUUCUGAAGAGAGACCUGCAGAAGGUACUGGAGCAGAGAGAUGGAGUUUAUGAGAAGAUCAGCCAAUAUCUCCAGCUGAAGAACACCAUUCAACGCCUGCAGGAGUCUGGAGACGGUGAGCUGAAGACUGAGGUGGACCUCGGAUGUCACUUCUAUGUCCAGGCACAUGUGGAGGACUCCUCCAGGGUCUUUGUGGCGGUGGGCUACGGCUUCUUUGUGGAGAUGAGCCACGCCGAAGCUCUCCGCUUCAUAGAGAAGAAAACCAGGCAGCUGAACGCCUUCACAGAGCUGCUCACCAAAGACUCGGCCAAGAUCAAGGCUAACAUCCGCAUGGUGCUGGAGGGUCUGCGGGAGCUGCAGGGUCUAGCUGAACUCCCAGAGGAAGACCAGCAAGGAGUCUAGGAAGGGGAGGAGCCUAAAUCUCGUCUUCUUUAGACCUGUCGAUAUUCGUCAGACCUGUCUGUCUUCUUAAGACCUGUCUGCCUUCUUUAGACCUGUCUAUAGACUCUAGACCUGUCUUUAUUAGACCGGUCUGUCCUCUUAAGAGCUGUCUGUUGGUUUUUCUUUAUAAUACAUACAUUACCCCAACAUGAUGUGCUUACGUUUGAAAAAUAUGUAUAUACUUCUAUUAGAAUAAAAGUAGCUAUAUUCCUAUGAA